AUGGCGGGCUUUUUAAUGAAACAAAUGGUUGGUAACCAACUUAAUGAGGUUACUGGUGCUCUUGGUGUUGGCAGCAACGGAGACGAUGGUGCCGAAAAGACUGAGACUGGCGAGGACCCAGAGGUCGUUGCCGCUCGAUUAGAGCAAGAAGAACGACGUAAAGAGAAACAUCGUAAGAUGGAAGCGGAGAGAGAAAAAAUGCGUCAAGGAAUUCGUGAUAAGUAUGCGAUUAAGAAGAAGGAAGAAGGUCCUGCCAUGGACUUCACUGAAGGCCGAAUUGGAGGCCCCAGAAAGACUCCAGAGGAGUUGGCUGCUGCUAUGAACGCGGAGGAUGACAGCUUAAUUGGUCAACUUGGUCUUACUGAGCAUGUUGAGAAAGCCAAAACUUUUGCAACUGGUGCCUUUGAGACAGUCAAAGGAUUCCUUCCCUUUGGAAAAUAA